UGUUUUUUUUUCUUCUCCUCGGGCUCUGUGUUGAUCGUCGCUACUGCUCUGUCUCUGUAGGUAGAAAGAGAAGAGGAGUUUCGACGAAAACAACAUUUAUAACCAACUGGCUUAUGGUGCGCGCGAUGGUCAAGUGCGUAAUGACAGUUUGAUCUCGUUCCCCGGGAGAUCGUGGUUAGAUCGGGCAUUAUGUGGCUCAGUUCGUGAACACUGGGAGACACUCUCGUUUCGUUGUUCGUCUUGACUAUCAAAAAAGACCAUGGAUUACAAUAUGGGUCCUGUGGAAGAUGAUGAGGAAGAUCUUGUUGAGGCUCUACGGAUCCUCAACCCGAGUGUCAACAUCAUCGAGUUGGAUAACAUAGAACUCAGCCACCAACCCACCCUCGGGAGCGGAUCUUUUGGAGUGGUCCGCAAAGGAACCUAUCGCCGACCCAACGGCGAAGUCCUCGAUUGUGCCGUGAAAGUGAUCCACAGUCAAUCUGAGAUAAAAGCCUUCAAGAACGAAGUCACUCAGCUGAGCCGAGUUUCGCACGAAAAUAUUGUUACCGUUUACGGAGCUUGUAUCGGGAGACCAUGCUACCUUGUUAUGGAAUACGCGGCGGGCGGAAGCCUUUACAAUGUUUUGCACAACAAACCCUACACCACGCAUGUGCAGUAUACCGUGGCGCAUGCACUGAGCUGGUGUCUUCAAUGCAUGCGAGGGAUUCAUUACCUGCACAAUCUGAAGCCCAAGCCCCUUGUACAUCGUGAUCUCAAACCCCAGAACCUCCUCCUAGUCGAUGGCAUGCUCACUCUCAAAAUCUGCGACUUCGGGACUGUCUGCGAUCUCCAAACGAACAUGACAAACUGUAAAGGCAGUGCUGCGUGGAUGGCGCCCGAAGUUUUCAGUGGCGUUCACUACAGCGAGAAAUGCGACAUAUACAGCUGGGGCGUCAUUUGGUGGGAAGUACUGUCCCGACAGAAACCCUAUGAGCACUUCGCCAAUGCCUUCCAGAUAAUGUGGGCUGUGAACAGUUCGAGUAGACCGCCUCUGCUCACCAACGUACCAAAAGUUUUCAGCGACCUCUACCAAGAGUGCUGGGAUCAAGAUCCCGCCAAACGACCCACCUCGGAGCAACUAUUGGAAAGAUUGACACGUCUUUUCGAUUUAUGUGAUCCGAGUGAUCUGCAUGAGCUGCACUGCCCGAUUCCGCUGAGAAGCUCCACCAGCUCGAUGGAUGCUCAUCUAGUUCUUGAUUCUUUAAAUGCUGUCAACACUCCGACCGCCACCCAGAGACGGCCCAACAACUUUAUACUGGAGAGCUUCCCAAUCUUGCCCCGACCAAUCUUGCCGGUGCUCAGCCCUGACACUCCUUCCACGAGCCGGCAGACCACACCAGAUAUGAGUUCUGCGGGUCCGACGUUCCCCACGCAUAGGCGCCAGCUCUCAGGAGGAUUGCAAGGACUUGGGAUCAUUCAGAAGGAGGUCACUGCGCCCCGGAAGUCUUCGUGGCCCACGACUCCGGAGGUCGGCGAUCCUUAUGAAGAUCUUGGAGUUCAGAGUCAUCUGCUCAUCGACCCCCGUCUCCAGCCACUUCCACCGCUGAAUGACUGCAAAGAAUCGGUUUCGAUUUAUGAGAGCCACAAAUUGAAAUGUCAAUGGUUCUAUAAGCAGAACCACGAAAUCGAAUUGCUCCUGAGACGAACGAAAGACUUGGACGCGCUUCUGCAGGUCAGUCGGGAGGACCCACCCGAGAGAAAAAUUGACAUCAGAGAAAAGCAUCAGGAACUUUUCGAUGAGCACAGGAGCCUACUGCAGCUAAAAGACAUCCUGAAGAAACAGCUCAGUGAGCUGAAAUCGAAACACAAUACGGACGAAUCAUGGGAGUUUGUAGACAUAAGUCAAAGAUGAUGAUCCAGAGAUGAUUCGAUCGGGAGAUUCUCCUGGGAAUCCUUCUGUGACCUCCGUUUGAACGGACAUAUUAGGCGCUGCGCCGCUCGGAAUAUCACAUAAU